AUGUCCAUACAAACGGACCACAGCGAGUCGAGCUCUAGCGGUGUAGAUCCACAAGCAAAGAGUCCUCAGUAUAGCAACUUGCAAGGACGCUUUCAACCACAUCAAAUUGGGGGAGAUGGUCAAGGAGACGGCCAUGGAGAAGGCCGACCAGACGGGUCUGGUUCCGGUUCCGGUUCCGGUUCCGGUACUAAUUCUGGUCGUGGUUCUGGUUCGGGUUCGUCUAGUGGACCCGUUUCGGGAAGUAGUCACCAAAAGUCAUCGAUCCAAAGCUAUUUCGAACGACUUCAGGAAUCCAAAAAAAACCACAGUCCGCAAUCGAAACCUGCUCCAUAUAUGGAUAACAAAUCCGGUCCAAAUCAUCCAAACUUAGAAAAAUCUCCCGAGUUCAUUACAAAACCCCCACGGACUGAAAAGCUUCGUGAUAGCGAAGAAAGAAGGACUUCCCACGAACGCAUGUUUUAUGAAAAAGACAUCUUUCAUCUGCCUCCCAUCUCUAAAAGAUACCAUUCUUGGUACUAUUUUCUCCUAAUUAUGAUUGUGGGCCUUGUGGCUCCUCCAGUAUACUACUUGGUCACUUUGGGAGUCAUGGACCGAAGAAGAAGUCGCCACGGUCCACAACCAAGGUUUCUGCGUGGACAGAAACUUGUCAGUUUGGUCAUUGCAAUAGUAUGGAUAUUGGUUGUAUUGGCGAUGAUAGGAGUUGGAUUUGGGAUUGGAACGAGCUAG